UUAAAUGUUAUUUGCAAAAAUCUACCUUUAAAUUACUAAAAUUUUAUAGUAAGGCGCCGAGAAGGCUACAAUUAAAAUGCGAGCAAAAAUGUGAUUUUGAUAUUGUUAAAUUCGAUGUCACAUUUUGUUUACCUACGAAAAUUUGAAGGUACCAAAUAUAGAGUAAUUUUGUAUAAAAUACGAGUUUCACAAUUUCCCAAAAAGUUACAAAUAAGUUAGUUAAAUGGCAUUUUAUUAGAAAUAGUAUCCCUGCUGUGUUAGAUAUGUGCGGAGCUCAGUCUCCGGAUAGACAUUUCCGAAUAUAAUUUAACAGUUUGAAGAAUAAUCCAGAGAUUUGAAACAAAGCAACUGCAAGUGUGAAGAUAAAAAUAAUAAACAGGGAGGAAAACAAUGUCCUAAUGUUGAAGAAAAUAAAAACACUAGUUCUCGUCUGCUCGGUAGGAAACUUUCACGUAGUAAAAGACGAUAUCACUAUUCUUUGGACACUUACGAAGAAACUAAGAAACUGGGCGAACUUUCGGCGGAUUGUUGUCCUGAACAUUCCCUUAUAGUUACAGAAUGUUUACAGGAUGCGUCCAAAGGAAGUAUAAUUGUGCUAUAUUACACCAUUAAUUGAUCAGAGACCUGGCAGGUAUAUUAUGGUCAUUGGCUGUGAAUAGGGGAUUACUGAACAUUUUAUUAAUUAGAUGAAGUUUUGUGCCAUCUAUACACGUUUCAGUAUACUUGCGCAAGUCUAGACUUGCUAGAGUUAAGAAAGCUCACUACAACCGAGCAAUUUACAGGUUUUCGGCGCACCGAUAUGAUUUGGAUGUACAGUCGACAGCACAAGCAAGAGAUGUCUCUGAAAUUAACACCAGCGUGGGAAGGACCGUACAUUGUGGUUAGAAGAUUAAAGGAUGUUAAGUAUUGGAUUGUCAUGUACAAAACAUGCCAGGUAAAUUCGGACAUAUGGAAACCCUAUUCCAAGAGGACAUCAAAAUAACCAAUGAAAAGUUUUCUACAAACUAUAGAGGGUAGAGAAACAUGAAAUGAAUCUUUCACAACGAUGAAUUAUUUGGAACAGUAUGUUAAUGAUGUAUGGGCUUAUAGCUCCAGGUAUAACAAUAUAGGUAGUUAUUCAUAUGCACCAAUAAACUUAAUUGGAAAAUAUGAGAGAUAUCCUGCUUACGGAGAUUUUCCAGAGACUUAUUUUUUGAGGACAUACGGAAAAUGGUGGAAACAAAGUGGUUCUUCACAAAAGUGUUAUAGAUUUCAAGAUUGCGAUAAACUCGUAGAAGAUUUUGUUAUUGUCGGAUUUGGUUGUGCUGUUAUACCAACAGAUAUUUGCAUAUAUGAAAUAUAUAAUCCUGGUGCUAUUAUUAGAAUAUGGGGAGCAUGGACGGUAGAUAAAAAAUGGCAUCUAUUAUGGGAAGAUCACCCACAAAAAUGUGAUCCAGUUUCUAGAAAAUUUUGCCCCUCAUUACGGAAAUUAAAUUGUUUAGUGAAUUUAAUUAGAAUUGAAUUCAAUUCAAGUUAUUUGGAGUAUCAUACAGCGAUAGAUGCAAUUCUUCUAGGCGGAUAUCAACCAGAAACAAAUUUACAAACACAACUGGCCAAUAAAGGGUUACUUCUAUUGCAGCCUUCAUCAAAUGAUACUCCAAAUGUUACUGAAAAAGAAGACUCAUUACAAAUUAACGAUAAGGAUUAUUUUUCUUCUUUACCUAAUGAAAUUAUUUUAAAGAUCUUUCAGUAUUUAGAUUUGAAAUCUCUUAGUAGGUGUGCACAAAUUAAUAAGAGAUGGAAUACUUUAUGUCAGGACCAAACACUUUAUCAAUGUAUUAGUUUAAAGAUUUAUUGGCAUUUAGUAGAUACAAAGGCAAUAGAAUAUUUUCGAAAAAAGAACAUUAAUGUAAAGAAACUUGAUCUUUCAUGGUGUGAUCAAGGUCAAGUUUAUGGACAACAUAUAUUGAACUCUGAGUAUUACAUCCAAUUACGAAAUUUUUUAGAUGAAAUUAAGCAUACAGUUACACAUAUUAGUUUAAAUGAUAACUAUUUUGUUGAUAACAAUAUCAUGAAUGUGAUUUCCUCAUGCCAUGAUUUAGUCGAAUUAAGACUACAUAAUACUCUCAAUUGGCAUAGAGCACCACUUUAUUUUUCAACGAAAUUGGUAACAUUGGAUCUGAGCUGUACACAUGUUCAGGAUUUGGACCUGAUAAAAAUACUUCAAUCAACUAUUAAUUUGGAACAUCUGAUUUUGGAUUUAUGCGAGGGCAUAUACAGAAUGGAUUUAGUGUUAAGAGUGGCGAUCGAACACAACAGGAAGUUGAAAACGUGGAGUUCAUGGAAAACUACGUCUUUUUCUCUAGAAAGUAUUAAGCUGUUUGGUCAGUUUUUAGAUUUAGAGGAACUAGACUUAGGAUGGUGUUUUAUUACGAAUGACCCAGCAGAUUGCUUAUCGGAGAUAGCACGUUGUCGAAAAUUGAAACGUUUAGUUUUAUCUUCGUGGAGAAGUGUUAGCGAUGAGAUACUCUUACCUAUAAUUUUAUCUUGCAAGGAACUCGUGCAGAUUGAUUUAAUGGGAAUUAAAGGCAUUACUUCUGAAAUUUGUGAACGAGCGUUAUAUAUGCUGCCUAAGUUAAGAUUAUUGGAUAUAAGUUUUUGCGAUGAUGUACGACAAGAUGAGGUUGAGAUUUGGAGACAGCAAUAUCCGCACAUAAAAAUUCAGAGAAGUUGCCAAUAUACAUCAAGACCUACGUUAUUUCAUUAAAAUUUUAACUAGUCAAAAUCAAUUAAAAUAAUAGUGCAAUGAGGAAAAUGUUUUAAAUAUUGUUAUAGUUUAUUAAUAAAAAAUAAUGCUAUCCAUUA